CUAACUCAAGCUAACAUUGCUCAACUGUCACCUGAAGACGUCCCGAGAAAAAUCACGUUCCUCUUCCUCUCCGGGACAGGUCGUCCUGUGGGUCAGCUCCUCUUCCUCUCCGGGACAGGUCGUCCGGUGGGUCAGCUCCUCUUCCUCUCCGGGACAGGUCGUCCGGUGGGUCAGCUCCUCUUCCUCUCCGGGACAGGUCGUCCGGUGGGUCAGCUCCUCUUCCUCUCCGGGACAGGUCGUCCGGUGGGUCAGCUCCUCUUCCUCUCCGGGACAGGUCGUCCGGUGGGUCAGCUCCUCUUCCUCUUCCUCUCCGGGACAGGUCGUCCGGUGGGUCAGCUCCUCUUCCUCUCCGGGACAGGUCGUCCGGUGGGUCAGCUCCUCUUCCUCUCCGGGACAGGUCGUCCGGUGGGACAGGUCGUCCGGUGGGUCAGCUCCUCUUCCUCUUCCUCUCCGGGACAGGUCGUCCGGUGGGACAGGUCGUCCGGUGGGACAGGUCGUCCGGUGGGUCAGCUCCUCUUCCUCUUCCUCUCCGGGACAGGUCGUCCGGUGGGUCAGCUCCUCUUCCUCUCCGGGACAGGUCGUCCGGUGGGUCAGCUCCUCUUCCUCUUCCUCUCCGGGACAGGUCGUCCGGUGGGUCAGCUCCUCUUCCUCUCCGGGACAGGUCGUCCGGUGGGACAGGUCGUCCGGUGGGACAGGUCGUCCGGUGGGACAGGUCGUCCGGUGUGUCCAGCUGCAGCUGAGUUUCUGAGUCAUGGCUCAGCAGAGAGGAGUCAACAGUCUGCAGUUCAACCAGGACCAGAGCUGUUUCUGCUGCGCUAUGGAGACCGGGGUCAGGAUUUAUAACGUGGAGCCUCUGAUGGAGAAAGGACACCUGGGUGAGAGGUGUGUGUGUGUGUGUGUGUGUGUGUG